AUGGCUUCCACCACAAUGUCUGCCUCCGCGCACGUUGCCGCCGCUGCCGGAUCCGCGCUGCAAUCCUCCGCAGUCGCCAAGUCGUCCGCCGCGCGUUUCGUCGCGAAGCCCGCGUUCGGCGCGUCGCUCGAGUCGAGGGAUCUCGCCGGAGCGCGCCUGGUGACACGUGAGGCCGGCGCUGCCAGGAAUGCGGCCAUGUCCCCGUCGGUCGCGCGCGCAGCUCUUUCUCAGGACGACCUGAAGAAGCUCGCGGCGGAGAAGGCGGUGGAGUACGUGAAGAGCGGCAUGGUGGUGGGGCUGGGCACGGGCUCCACGGCCGCCUUCGCCGUCGCCAAGAUCGGCGAGCUGCUCAAGGAGGGCAAGCUCAAGGACAUCGUCGGUAUCCCCACCUCCAAGCGCACGGAGGAGCAGGCGCUGUCGCUCGGCAUCCCCCUCUCCGUCCUGGACGACCACCCCAAGCUGGACGUGGCUAUCGACGGCUCUGACGAGGUCGACCCCGACCUCAACCUCGUCAAGGGGCGCGGCGGCGCGCUGCUGCGCGAGAAGAUGGUGGAGCAGGCCUCGGCCAAGUUCAUUGUGAUUGUCGACGACACCAAGCUGGUGGACGGUCUGGGCGGCAGUGGGCUGGCAAUGCCGGUGGAGAUUGUACAGUUCUGCUGGAAAUACACGCUCAACCGCCUCAAGGCCCUGCCGGAGGUCGCUGGGUGCGAGGCGAAGCUGCGCAUGGAGGGGGACAAGCCGUAUGUGACUGACAACUCCAACUACAUUGUCGAUCUCUACUUCAAGACGCCCAUCAAGGACUCGUACGCAGCAGCCAAGGCGAUCGAUGGGCUGCAGGGCGUGGUGGACCACGGGCUGUUCCUGGACAUGGCCACCACUGUCAUCAUCGCUGGCUCUGAUGGCAUCACCGUCAAGAGCAAGUGA